CACAUUCUCUCUCAAUAUCUAAUGGUCCCCACAUAUAUCACUUCUCUCUCUCAAUAUGUAAUAAAAAAAAUUAUUAAAAAUGUCCACAUCCCCACAAAAUCUCGGCCACAACACUUCAAAUGAAAAAGUAAGUCAAUUUUCGAAUCUUCUAUCAAAAUCAAUUUUGUCCUAUAUUGUCUUUUUCUCUCUCUUCCUACACGAACCCUAGCCUCCCGUGUAUGCACAGAAUUUUCACGCCUCUCACUCUUUUGCUCAAGAAAAUUUCCAAGUGAAACCGUGUGUGCACACCAUUUCCCUCUCUUGUACAAGCUCAAAUUUCACCCAAUUUGAGAGCAAAAUUUCACCCAAUUUCACGCUUCUCACUAUUUUCUACAAACUACCUACCGUGUGUGUACCGUGUGUGGUUUGAAAAUUGAAACCCCAAAGCCGUGUACUCCAUAAUAGAGCAAAAACAACUUGGUGAAUUAUUCUAUCUUCUCAAUUAACAAUGAGUGAAACUGAAUCCGACUACUCCAGAGAGGAAGAACAGCCUGUAGAACGAGGCCAUCGCCCGAGUACAUCGAGGAGGGAAAAAUACCCGACGCCGAAUCCGCCUCCGAGGCAUGUUUGGUUACGUCCGUGCAUGCAAGGUUAUGCCGGACGAAUCAAUCACUAUGUAAAGGACACGACACUGAAGGAAGUGGAGACCUGUCUGACGCACUACCAGCGUCUUGAACAAUUUAAGGAAGGUCCGUUUGGGCAUUUACUUCAGUUGAAGAGGCAGGAUAGUGCGAAUGCCGCACUGCACCAUCUUCUUGCACGGGAGUUGUAUGACGAAGCAUUCGGUCCGUGGGAGAAGUGGUUCCACGUUGGUGGACACGACAUUCGAUUCGGUGCAGUGAAGUAUUGUCUGGUGACGGGGUUGUGUUUCGGGCCAUCCCCGCAGCGUUUUGAUCCUAAUGUGGAUCACCGUGUUGGGAAGCAGAGUCUAUGGCACCGAGUUUUUAAAGGCAAGAAGAUGGAAGUGAAGGAUCUGCGAAAGCGGUUCGUUAACCGCAGUAUGGGCAAUAUUGCCGAGGAUUAUUUGAGGGUGGGCAAUAUUCUCGUGGCGUAUGAUCUCGUCUUCUGUCGGGAUUAUAAACACGUGCACGAUUGGGUGUGGGCACUGGUAGAGGAAGAUCAGAAAUGGUCCGACUUCCCGUGGGGCUCUUACUCAUUCCAGAUUUUGUGUCACGGGAUGAGUGUGUUGAAGAAGCAUCCCAACGAGAUUACCGGUAAUAGGAAGACGUACCACUUCUAUGGGCCCAUAUGGGCAUUACAGAUUUGGUCGUACGAGGCCAUUCCGAGGUUGGGCCGCGCGUGUGGGAUGCGUGACACGAGGUUGCAGAUGCCACGAUUGGUGAACUGGACGACUUGGAAGUCGGCUUCUGACUUCACCCACUUUUUUGAUGCUCAUGAGGCCGAGUGUCUCCGGACACUCGAACCGGUCGAGGAGGAGAAUGAUUCAUGGUAUUUGCAGACCCUGAGGCAUCCAGAGCCUUUUUCUGUACGAUACCAUCCUGGAGGGAAAUAUGCCGGCUUGACAGAGCCAGUUGUACCGGAGCCGCCUCCUCCUGUUAGGCCUCCCCCUGUGCAGAGGAGUAUCUCACGAGCAGAGAGGACUCGUGAGAAGCAGCCUGUCCCUGUCCCGAGGAGUAGCUCACGAGCAGAGAGGGCUCGUGAGAAGCAGCCUGUCCCUGUCCAUGUCGAGCGACAUAGGCAGACGUAUGAGGAGCCGGCUGGCAGCCCGUCGAAGCGGCGCAGGUCAGAGGAGUUUGAUGAUCGCGAGCCUCAGGCAGACCGAGAUGAGGAUUAUUGGAGGCGACGCGAUGAUGACCUGAUUGCCCGUAUCACACAGGAGCAAAUCCGGACUGUGGUCCCAGAGAUGCGGCGCGAGAUACGGCGCGAGCUUGUAGACGACGACUCUGAGCAUGGACUGGUCGCCAAAAUUACGAAGAAGGUCAUAGCCGCUGUGAAGGACAUCUUUGGGAGACGUUCUUCUUCGAGGAGGCAUAGAUCAUCAUCCAGCCAUGCCAGUCGUCAUAGACAUGGGAGUGAGGAGUACAACCAGCCGAUACCCAGUCGUAGACGGUCUACAUCUCACAUUCCUAGUCCUAGGCGAUCAGAGCGUGAGGAUCCGCAUCAUGUUAGCCAUAGGCACUCAGUUGGAGACAUGGAUCCGCCUCGUGGCAGUCAGAGACGCUCAGAGCGUGGAGAGGAUCCACCCCCUGCGAGUCAGCGGCGAUCUGCCUCACGUCACAGUGAGAGGGAGGCAUCUAUGAGGCGAUCAGCCUCACAUCAUGGUGAGAGGCAGACAUCUUUGAGGCGAUCCGCCUCACGUCACAGUGAUCGCCCAGGGCCAUCGGCUGGGUACCAUAGUCCAGAGACCCCUGCGCCUAAGGCGGGGGAUGUAAGUGAUGAUCUGAAUGUUUCCUGGACGUCGUCAGAGGAGGAGGCGGGUGCUAGAGAGAGGCCUCAAUUGGUUAUUGACCCGGCCUUGCCGUAUGGUAAGGCCCUGGUGAAGGCGAAGAAGCGGGGCUUCAAGGCGUUUAUGAGAUCGCCGCCGGGUACUUAUGUGCAAGUGAUCGAGACGGGUUGGGUGAUAUCCCAGGAUCUAUUCCACAAGAUUCUGAAUCCUCGUGAGGAGUUGGACGGGGAGGUAUAA